GUGAAGGAUUCAGACAGAGGGAUGUACUUCUGUAGAGCCACCAAUACUCACCUCCCUAGGGACCUCACAUCCAGAAAGGUUUAUCUAGAAGUGUUAGCGCCUCCAUCUGUAUCUGUCUGGCCAUCGAUGUUGACCGCUCCCAUCGGGGCGGAGGUGGUCAUACGGUGUCGGGUGUCAGGACAUCCCGCCCCGCUUAUUGUGUGGUCCAAACAGGGGCGUUCAGUCAUGACCGGUGGAAAGAUCACUAUGGGAGUGAGAAAUGCCACCCUGUUCAUCUCGUCUGUGAGAAGGUUUGAUGAGGGCACGUACACAUGCAGGGCGUUUAACACCAUGGGGCAGGAUGAGAGAGGGGCUACUCUGCGUGUUGCCGGUGAGUGAUGUGAUGUGAUUGGUUGGGUUGUUAGGGUAGAGUGAUGUGAUUGGGUGGGUUGUUAGGGGAGAGUGAUGUGAUUGGUUGUUAGGGUAGAGUGAUGUGAUUGGAUGGGGGCGUGGGGGUCAAACUAAAGAAUAUAAGUACAGCAGACUAGUCAAUCCUUCUACCUGUUCCUCCAGGAUUUCCUUUUUUUGCAAUCAAAAUGAAAUAUUUUAACAGUUUAACAGCAAACAAUGAUUUAUUUGUUUAUAAAUCAAAAUGUUGCAUCACAUUUAUAGCCCCUGUUCUCAUUGUAGCAUAGUGGGAGGUUACGGCAAAUGUAUUGGGUUUAGGCUGUAUGCAGCAGGGUGAUGUAGUGUGUUUUCAGUCACGACGCAACCCAUCUCAUUCUCCUCAGUCAUUCACUCAGUCAGUGACGUCUCCAGAUCUCGUUCUUACAAUGAGACCUGCAUCCUUCCAGUCAUCCAUCUGGAUCUGAGUCUGUCUUGAAGUCCAAACAGGGAGUAAAAACUGUAUGAGAACUGUUAUAGUGCUCCUCAUUGGACGACACGAACGAAGCUGAGCUCCUUAGCCUA